AUGCCAGCCGCAGACUCACCAGCACUGAUAGUGGCGAGAUACCUGAAGGCCAACAACUACAACGAGACAUUCGAAGCCUUCAUACAGGAAGUCGGCUUGCCAUACGACUCGGGCAAUGUGAGCAAGGGAGAUCUCACGCUCGAAACACUGCUAGAGGAGAAGAAGACAUUUGAUAUCUCAGUCCAAUUCGAGAAGUUGGGUGUCGAUGAUGGGACUAACAAUACCGGCUGGACGUCUCCAGCUCCUUCAAAUGCUGUUGAAGUAGCUAGUUUGCCAACCACGUCGAAUAUCCUGAGUGCUCGGAUCGAGCAUCUUGUAGAUGGCGACGAGUCCGCUCAGCCUAUCCUGUUGGCAUCGACAGCAGACAGAAGACUGCAUCUUCUAGAUGGAUCAGGCGAAUUGCAGUCUUCACUUGUCGGCAUGCACGACUCGCCCGUACUGUCAUGCACAGCACUCGGUAGGAGCCACCUCUUAACCUCAUCCAUGUCCGGCCAACUCCACGUCAGCGACCUCAAAGGCCAAGUCAUCGAGAAGCGACGGGACCAUCUCAAGUACGUGGUCAAAGUCGCUGUCUACCAGGAAGGCACAGACGACACCAUUGUCGCCACAGCGGGUUGGGAUGGCAAGAUCCUGAUCUACAGACCGACAGACAUCACUUUAGGAGAGCCAAAGGCAACGAUCACCUUGCCCACCAAGCCGGAGGCGAUGCUAUUCGUUCGACAUCCUGAUAAUGGCAGGCCAGUGCUACUGGUAGGACGGACAGACUCCAGCUUCAUCUUCUACUACAGCGUCGAAGAUGAGCCACGACUGCUGGGAAAGCAGAAUCUUGCACCGCAUUCGAAUGCUUGGGUUGCCUUCACACCAUCCUCGAUGGAGCUAUGCCCGACAGAUCCAUCUCUGGUAGCAGUGGGCACGUCCACAGUUCCUUCGAUGAAGUUGCUCAUCGUGAAGCUGCUCUUCCCGCCCUGGACCGCCGACACAGUCAUCCCAGCCCAACUAUUGCGAACAUCACUCCUCGACGACGGCCCAGCGACCGAGACCCAAGCAUCACAAGCAAGAGCAGCACUGGCCACAGCAGACCGGGAGGCAGCAGUGAUCCUCAUCCACUGCACAACACACGCGCCGCAGACGGCAUACUCAACUCCCGCGGUAGCUUGGAGACCUGACGGCAGUGGAGUGUGGAUCAAUGGUGACGAUGGUGCGGUGAGAGGCAUCGAAGCCAGCACAGGUAAGGUGAUCGCUACGCUCCAGGGUCAUGAAGCGGGCUCGAAAGUGCGGUGUCUGUGUGCUGGAGUCGUUAAGGAUGCGGAUGGGGAGAGGGAGAUUUUGGUGAGUGGUGGGUUUGAUCAGAAGCUCAUUUUGUGGAAAGUGUGA